GCCGCGAGCGGUGCCCUCGCGCAGCAGCCGCCAUGUCUAUGUGCUAACGUGUCGCGACGUGCGCGCCCUCGGGACUCAGUGUCUGAUGCUGUGAACAUUUAGUACUAACAUGUCGGAACUUCGUGGCUCACCUCCUCUGUCGAGAGGCGGCCUGGACGGAGGCUUCGGAGCCCCGCUGGCGGCGCUGAGCUCGCUGGCGGAGGCGCCACCACCCGCGCCCAACCCUCACGGGAUCGACCACAUCCUGUCGCGGCCGGCGGGCGGCGUGGGCGUUGGUCCGGCAGGCGUGGGCGUGGGCGCGGGUCUGCUGGCACCGCGUUUGUCGCUGGCGGCGGCGGCGGCGGGUAUGGCGCAUUACCUGCAACACAAGCCGCUCUACUGGCCCGGCUUCCAGGGCCUCGUCUCCAACCCCAUGGCCUGGAGGGACCGCCUGCAGUCUAUGAGCAACGGUGCGCUGAGCGCGUGCGCGGCGCAGGGUGGUCUGGACAAGGACGGCAAGAAGAAACACACGCGGCCCACUUUCAGCGGGCAACAGAUCUUCGCGCUGGAGAAGACCUUCGAGCAGACCAAGUACCUGGCCGGUCCUGAACGCGCCAAGCUCGCCUACGCACUCGGCAUGACCGAGUCACAAGUUAAGGUAUGGUUCCAAAACAGAAGAACGAAAUGGAGGAAAAAGCACGCCGCAGAAAUGGCGACGGCAAAGCGCAAACAGGAGGAGCUGGGCGAGGAGUGCGAGGGUGAUGAAGGCGGCGAGGGGGAGGGCUGCAGCGACGACGACGACCCCAAGCGGCCGCGUCUCGACCUCCUCCACCACAUACACCACAGGCAGUGACAGAGCUCGCCGCCUGCGCCGCCACGCAGCGAUGUACAUCGAUUACAUAAUAUCGAUACCAAAAUCGAUUAUGAUAAUCGAUACUAUACGAGAGUCUGCUCGAGUGAGCCGUGUGACCUGUCCUGGCCAGUGCGGAUGGCCAGCAGUGACAGGGGGGCCGAGGUGCGCGACAGAGACGCAACCGCGAGCACCUCAAUAGACAGUGAACGUGACUUUAGUAAUGAUAAUAAUGAUGAUAGUCAGCCGAUAAAUUACGCGUAUUACCAUUUUUAGGGAGCCUUAUUUUAUUCCGAUGAAAUUAAUUAGCUUCAAUUGUAAGUCUGUAUUGUCAAAUCACUUCUGUUUAACAUAUUCUGUUGGGAAAAGCAGGGACUAAUACUAAUUGUUGCGGCCGCGGAAUUUGAAACAAAACAACAGCGUUUUGAAGUGUGUAAUUUAUUACUGUCCUGUUCAACUUUGCAUUGGAAAUGAACGCUAUAUAAUGUAUCUAUUUAUUUAAGUGUGUAAAUAUAUGAAUAAGUAGUCAUGCCACAUGUCUUAAGUAAAUUAUUUUAACUAGUUUUUACAUACAAAUAUUAUAAUAAGUCAGUAUGGGUUUCAACUGUAGUAAUAUUACAUUGACACAUAUCUUCAUCUCUUUAUCUUUGAAGAACAACAGACAAGAUGUAUCAAUGUAGUAUCACUGCAAUAGAAAGCCACACUAUUGUAUAUUUGAAUUUAAAAGAUUCCCGGUGCCAAUUUCCUACGUGUACUAAACUAAAUAAAGAUCUAUAAACAUUUAACUCAUUUGUAGAAAUUAUUUUCCAGCUAAAAAUACGCAAAUGUAGGUGAUAAUGUUUAUUACAUUUAGUUAUAUAUUUGUAAAUAUUGAAUUAAUGAACAAAUCUUAUUGUUAAUGCGUACAGCAAACUGAUGUAUAUUGUAUUUGUUAAGGUAUAUAAUUGUAAAUAGAUAUUUAAACGAAUUUAAUAAAUAAUUUAUCACAACAGCACGUAGCGAGCUCAC